UCGUCAUGUUCCAGUGGUAGUGUAAACGUUCCACAACGCAGGGCGGGCGGCACCAGCGUAAAUCCGGGUUACCUAGAAAACUGUCGAUCCUGUCGACAUUUUUUACACCUAUACAGUUGGCGACAAAGACAGGUGUUCACCUUGGAUCCUUCUAACAUGGCGCGUCUUUCCAGAAUUGCCGCGAUCGUAGUUUUGGCUGCAGGUAAAUAUCGCCAUACCCGGCUUAUCGCCCCCCUCCCCACAGUGCUCUGCAUCCUGAACCCUGUGCUGUACGUGCCAGUACGCAGGUGGGCAGCUGGAGGGGUGUGUGAGAGUCAGGCUAGGAUGGACGGCAAGACGGUCAUCAUCACGGGAGCGAACACGGGCAUCGGCAAGGUCACGGCCAGGGACAUGGCGGAGAGAGGUGCCCGUGUCAUUCUCGCCUGCAGAAGUCUGGAGAAAGCAGAGGAGGCUGCUAAAGAAAUCCGCAGUCAGACGGGAAACAAGAAUGUCGUCGUGCACAAACUUGACCUGGCGUCUCUGACGUCAGUGAGACAGUUUGCAAAGGUGAUCAAUGAUGCUGAGCCAAGAUUGGAUGUCCUGAUUAACAAUGCAGGUGUGAUGGCCUGUCCCAGAUGGGAGACAGAGGACGGGUUUGAAAUGCAGUUUGGAGUGAACCACCUGGGCCACUUCCUCCUCACCAACCUCCUCCAGGACAAACUCCAGCAGUCCGCACCCAGUCGGGUUGUCACUGUGUCCUCUCUGGCACACGUUUUUACGAGUGGCAUUGACUUUGACGACAUCAACUAUGAAAAUGACUACAGUAGAGAGGAGUCCUACUACAGAAGCAAACUGGCUAAUGUACUGUUCUCUAAGGAACUUGCCAGGAGGUUAGAAGGUACCGGGGUCACAUCGAACUCCCUCCAUCCGGGGGUCAUCUACACAGAACUAAGCCGACAUCGAGAGGAACAUAUACGUGGAAUAGUUGGUGAACAACUUUCCAAGGUGGUCAAUAAGAUCAUGAGAGGAUUUGCUGGUAUAUUUGGAAAGACCAUGGAGGAGGGUGCCCAGACCACUAUCUGUUGUGCAGUAGCUGAGGAAUGGCGGAACACAACUGGUCUGUACUUCAGUGACUGCGUGCCCAAGGAGACGUCAGCGGCAGGCAAGGAUGACGAGGCAGCUGCCAGACUCUGGGACGUCAGUGAGAGGAUGGUCGGACUCAAGUCUUGACGUCACACAGAGUACUAGUACAUUGUACUAGUAUGUCAUGGGUUGCAAAAUAUAAAGCCCGCUUUUAGAAAUCUAGAAUUACAAGUGAUGUGACUACAGUCAUGUUACAGAGCUAUGCAAUUGUGCUUUAUUUGUGUGUGCAUCACAAGUUCCAGGUUGGAUGGAGGGUGAAUUUGAAUUGUACUGUAGCAUGUGUGUCUGUUUGUGUGCAUGUACAUACUUUCGUGGCAACACUGGUAAGUUAUACAAUAAAUGAAUUUUCAAUGUA